AUGGCAUUUAAGAGAAGCUCCCGUAUAUUUGCCAACCAAGGAGCCGCCGGCGACCCAGGCCACCAAAGUCAGAUGGCCUCGGCGUAUUUAUCCCAGCGAAGCUCUCGGAACUCUCUCCAAGACGGCAGUAUCGAGGCCGCUCAUGACAAGGAGGAGAGUCAGCGCAAUGAUGCCAUAACCCGGGAAUCACAAGCCACUACUUCUCGGUCACAUAGUCUCGCCGCCAGCGACAAGGACACGCUUAUGAAUACUUCAAGUAGAUGUGCCGAAAAUACAGCCACGUCGAUGUCUCCGUCUACCUCUGUCUCAGACUCUCUCGAUUGCCUUGUGCCUGGAUCAAAUGGCCGCCCGAUCAAUUUCGGCGUAGUGUUCCCUGGUGUAUACCGGAGCAGCUAUCCAAAGCCCCAGGAUUACCACUUUUUGGGAGAUUUAGGCCUCAAAACAAUCCUGACUCUGGUGAAGAAGGACCAAGUAGAUCAUGACUUAAAGUCGUUCUUAACCACAAAUGGUAUUCGCCAAAUCGUCUUCAACAUGAAGGGAACCAAAAAAGAGGCCAUCCCCAUGAGCACCAUGAGGGCUAUUCUUGAAGUCGUGUUGGAUUCAAAAAAUUAUCCCUUAAUGAUCCACUGCAACCACGGCAAGCAUCGAACUGGUUGUGUGGUGGCUGCGAUCCGCAAACUCUCUGGCUGGCAAUUGAAUGCCGUCGUCGACGAAUACAAGGCCUAUGCAGAGCCGAAGGUCCGCGAAUGUGACGUCGACUAUAUCAACGCCUUUCCUUGCCUGCAACACUUGUAUCACGUGUACGGGGAGCCCGCUAGAUUCAGCCCAGUUCAAGUGCGAUCCUUCUUUCGGGGCCUUCUCUUUACCUCGUUUGCCAUGGUAGUUUGGCUGGUUUCAGGGUCGCGAAUACAUCUAGGAACUCGCGAUUCUGUCAUGUGA